GGCUGCCUCCUUCAGAUGUCAUGUUGCCCUAUUUCAAAUUUCGGCUAUCCAUUUGAAUUAUAAUGUAUUCGUUUCGUUGCUGAAUGUCUAAUUUGUGCGUUUAAUCGCGUGCAUGAAGCUAAAGUACUUUUAUAUGGCGUACAUAUGUUUAAGUGAUGUUUUGCCUGCAUUGUCCCUACGUUUGCUAGAUAUGAGCACCUCCAAGCAGCUCUAGUUUACUGCAAAUAAGAGCGAGCUGGUUAGCUAGUUAGCUUGAAGAGACGUGAAAGUUUAUCUUUAGCAUCUUUCUUGUGUAUCCAACGAUCCGGUAUGUCGUUUUCUCUAAUAUGUGCUCAGGACUAUAUGCUCCCUUUCGCAAGACGUGUUCUUGAUUUGAGGACAUUCAAGAUAAUACGAAAGAAACAAAGAUACACCACGGCUUGCACUGUGAUCAGACAUCGAUGGAUGAAAAAUGCGCCUGUUAUGUACACUUACAGCUCCCGACAGUGUAGCUCUCAAAGCGGCAAGGAGAACAUGGAUACAUCCAAGUUCCCUGUGGAGAAGAUCAGGAAUUUUUGCAUCAUUGCUCACAUUGACCAUGGCAAGAGCACCUUAGCGGAUAGACUUCUGGAAAUAACUGGAGCCAUAGCCAAGACGGAACAGAACAAACAAGUCCUGGACAAGCUGCAGGUGGAGAGAGAAAGGGGAAUCACAGUGAAGGCUCAGACAGCCUCCCUUCUCUACGCUUACAAAGGCAGCACAUACCUACUCAACCUCAUCGACACACCCGGGCAUGUCGACUUCAGUUACGAGGUGUCCAGAUCAAUUUCAGCAUGCCAAGGAGUUCUUCUCAUUGUUGAUGCAAACCAGGGGAUCCAAGCACAGACCAUGGCUAACUUCUACUUGGCAUUUGAAGCUCAGUUGACUAUCAUACCAGUGAUCAACAAGAUUGAUCUGAAAAAUGCUGACCCAGAACGGGUUGAGAAACAGAUAGAAAAGGUGUUUGAUAUCCCAAAAGAAGAAUGCAUUCGGAUAUCUGCCAAAUUAGGCACGAACGUUGAUCAGGUCCUUGAGGAAGUGAUCAGAAGAAUUCCUCCGCCCAUUGCCAGCAAAGACGACCCAUUCAAAGCACUGGUGUUCGACUCCAACUUCGAUCACUACCGAGGAGUGGUUGCCAACAUCGCACUCUUUGGCGGGCAGGUUUGUAAGGGGGACCGGAUUGUGUCGGCUCACCAGGGCAAGACCUACGAGGUCAAUGAGCUGGGUAUUCUGCGGCCAGAGGAGCACCCCACCAACAGAUUGUAUGCGGGACAGGUGGGCUACGUGAUUGCUGGGAUGAAAGACGUGAAGGACGCGCAAAUUGGAGACACGCUCUUCCACCAAAAACACCCUGUGGAGGCACUGCCGGGGUUCAAACCUGCCAAAGCCAUGGUGUUUGCCGGGAUGUACCCAGUGGACCAGUCGGACUACAGCACCCUCCGCAGCGCAGUGGAGAAGCUGACCCUCAAUGACUCCAGUGUAACGGUUCAUAGGGACAGUAGCCCUGCCUUAGGGGCUGGCUGGAGGUUGGGCUUCCUGGGUCUCCUCCAUAUGGAGGUGUUCAAUCAGCGUUUGGAGCAGGAGUACAAUGCCUCGGUCAUUAUCACGGCACCGACUGUGCCCUACAAGGCUAUCCUUUCCUCUGCCAAACUCAUCAAGGAGCUUGGGGCGAAAGAGAUCACAAUCGUCAACCCCACCCAUUUUCCAGAUAAGUCUCAGGUGACUCACUACCUGGAGCCAAUGGUCAUUGGCACCAUUAUUGCCCCCGAGGACCACAUCGGGAAGAUCAUGACCCUGUGCCUGAACCGCAGGGCAGUACAGAAGAACAUGAUCUACAUUGAUGACCACAGGGUAAUGAUGAAAUAUCUCCUCCCCCUGAAUGAAAUUGUAGUUGAUUUCUAUGACCACCUGAAGUCGCUGUCCUCAGGAUAUGCCAGCUUUGACUAUGAAGAUUUUGGCUAUCAUCCUGCUGAGCUGGUGAAGAUGGACAUCUUGUUGAAUGGCAAACCAGUGGAGGAGCUCAGCACAAUCGUGCACAAGGAGAAGGCUUACAUUAUGGGCAAAGCAAUCUGUGAACGGCUGAAGGACUCCAUACCAAGGCAGCUGUUCGAGAUUGCUGUUCAGGCAGCUAUAGGCAGCAAGAUCAUCUCAAGAGAAACGAUCAAAGCUUACAGGAAAAAUGUACUGGCAAAAUGCUAUGGAGGGGACAUAUCUCGCAAAAUGAAACUACUGAAGAAACAAGCUGAGGGCAAGAAGAAGAUGCGGCGAAUCGGAAACGUUGAAGUCCCCAAAGAUACCUUCAUCAAUGUUUUAAAACGAAAUGAAAAAUAAGCAGAAAUGCAUUGCAUUGACAUUGUUGCUCAGUGUGGAAGUGGGAAAUAAUUCACCAGUUGCUUGUCCUAAAAAUUGUCCAGAAUAUAAUUGUCCAAGACCAGAAUAGCGAUUAGUCUAUUUUUAAUUAUAUAAUUACAUUUUUUCAUUCUAUUCUUGUAAAUAAGAAUGUACUACUUAUUACUUAACCCUUUCAAUCCCAAGCCCAAUAUGAAGUGGCUCCACCCAAAUCACACAGGGUUUUGGCUUUGGCUAAGAAAACUGAGAACACUUGGUAGGGUUUUACUAGGGGCUCAAAACAAAAGUAUAGCAGUCAUUUUGAUUGGCUGAAAAGGUGUAAGGUUGAUAUGGUAGUCUUUGGAUUUUACGGUAGUUACGCUCGAGUACCAUAUGGCACUCAUGGGUUAACUAGAGAUAUUCCACUUUUUCUGUAAAAAAUCUUUUUUAUUAAAGUUAUCAAUUUUAUUGUU